AUGGAUGUCGAUGAUGAUGAUGUCUUUGAUGAUAAAGACAAUGAUGACAACGAUGAUACUGACAAUGAUGAUGACAAUGAUGCCACUGUUCCCUGGUCACCGUGUUUUGGCUCCGCCUGGCGCGGGCCUGGCCCGGCCCCGGCCCCGAACGAGGCCCCUCCCGCGGCUCCGCCCGCAGCCGCCCCGCAGCCGCCCGGCUCCCGGCCCGCGGCCGGCGGCUUCCCCGGUGCGAGCCCCGCCGCCCGUCAGCUCGGCCGCCGGCCCCGAGCCGCCGGAGCCCGGGGCGGCUCGGGAAGCAGCAGCGCCCGGGGCGGGCGGGUGCCCCGGGCAGAAUGGCGAGGGCGCCGUGCCGUCCGCACGGGCGGAGAAGCCUCCCCUGGAGCAGCUCUAGCGGGAGGGCCCGCUGCUGGGGAGCGGCGGCUGCGGCAGCGUUUACGCCGGGACCCGGCUCGCCGACGGCGCCCCGGUGGCCAUCGGGCGAGUGGCCCGGGAUCGCAUCUGGGAGUGGGCGCGGCUGCACGACGGCGCCCUUGUGCCCUGGAGCUGUUGCUCAAGUGGAUGGUGUCGUGCCCUGGCUUGGGCGGCGUCGUGCGGCUCCUGGACUGGUUCGAGCUGCCCGACGGCUUCGCGCUGGUCAUGGAGCGUCCGGAGCGCUGCCGGGACCUGUGGCACUUGCUGGAGGCGGGCGGGUCCCUGGCAGAGCCCGUGGCGCGGGGGCUGUUCCGCCAGGUGCUGCAGGCCGUGCGGCACUGCACCAGCCGCGGCGUCCUGCACUGCGACAUCAAGGCCGAGAACAUCCUCGUCGACCUGGCCACCGGCGAGGCCAAGCUCAUCUUCUUCGGCUGCGGCACCAUCCUCCAGGACACCUUCUACACCUGGAUGGAACGCAAGGGUACUACCCAGGAGUGGAUCCUCUUUGGCUGCUUCCACGGCCAGCCAGCCACUAUCUGGUCCCUGGGCAUCCUGCUCUAUCUCCUGGUGUGCGAUCCAGGAGCCCAACAAGUACCAGCUGUUCGCGUCUCGUGGCGCUCAAAGAAAUCCCCAGAGCGUUUCCCUGCGGCCGUGGCACGGAGCAGAGAGCGCGGCCCAGGAGAUGCUUCCGCGGGUUCCCGCGAGUUGUGGAGGGAGUGGCUCAGGGCUCCCCGUCCUGUUGGAGAAGUCUUGGCACAGUGUGGUGAAGUUGCUCUGGAGUGGAAAAGGGGAAACAUCCCCCUGCAGCUCAAUGGCAUCGUGGUGUCCCUGCAAGCCGAGGCACAGCUGGCGUGUUCUUGUGGAGCGCGACGUGGAGCCGGAGAACCAUCCUCGAGCUGGCCGCUGGUGGGGCAAAGCCGAUGGGCUUUGGUUUGGCCCCUUCCUGGAGGACACGCUCUGCACCCCGACGAAAUCAAGAUGAGUCCCCAGCUGGUGCAGGGGCGGGGGGAUGCUCGUGCUUCCAGGCACGGCAGGGCUCGGCCUGGCCACGCGCCGCAGGAAGAUUGCACCCGGUGCCUGGACCGGGUGGGGAAGUGCCGGCACCGUCCGUGGAGCCCGUCCAGUGCCGGCGCUACCCCGGGGGGCCACGGUGUGCGGGGACAUCCCCUUCAGGAAGGACGAGGGCCUCGUGUGGGAUCAGCUUCUCUCCUGGCAGCAGGUCUCCAGAGGCUACCAGCACCUCAUGCCAUGGAAACGGCACCGCUCGGCUGCCAGUCUGGGAGGGCUGGAGGGCGGCGGGUGUUCACUUGCUGUCAAAAAUAAAUAUUUUUCUUGUCAUUAUCAUCA